ACCGAUCUUUAUAGGAUUUCGUGAAAUAAGACUGAAAACUACCGCCUUUCCGAGAAUUGAGAACAUCAAAAGAUGGAUGAUAUCUAACUGCGACGACAAACCUCAGAUACUAAAAGAAAAGGUUCCUGAAUUACACCUAUGCCCAACCAUAUUAGUCAUAGCCAUUACAGAUAGCGAAACAGAACCCCCAUUGCUAUUUGAAGACAAACACAUUAUAAAAACAAAAGUCGAAACGUUCUUGUCCCCUUCAAGGGCAAAAGAACGGAUUCGUUGGCGGUGCAGUGUCCGUAAGGGGAAAAAUGAACCUAUUUUCUAUGUGUGCAUGCUAACGACUGAUGCAAAGGGAGAAUUAACAAAGCAGGAUGUGAUUCUCCUUGACCUAUUGAAAGAUAUAACAAAGGAAUGGGAUAACGUAAUAUACAUAAUUCCUCAAGCAUCAAAUAGUGAGAAACGCAGAAUGGUAAGCAGGACAAUUAAAACCCAACUCAAAGGGGCAGCAUUGACGAAUGAGAUUUACCACAGUGUUUUCUUUAAUGAAGAAACUGAUAUUGAGAAAAGAAUUGCACUAUUUGCUGAACAGCAGGUAUACAAUACUGUAAGAGAGCUAAACAGAAAGAUUAGAACCAUGCAUACGGAAACACCACUUAACGGAAAGGAAGCAGAUUCUAACAUUGGUCAAUAUAAAAAGAAAAUGGAGAAACUAGAAUCGUUUUUCCCUUCAUAUAAGACAGAUUACUAUGCAUGCCAUAAGCUCGAAGUGUUACUGCAAAGGCAUUCAGAUGUCUCUGCCUUUUCAAUGAAGGAUGGGGAGAUGCAAAUAUUUACUAAGGAAGAAGAACAUGUUCGUAGUUAUAUUGAACAAUGUUUGCCGGAAACCAUUUGUGACUUCUCAAUAAAAUCAUGGCCAGGCCAUCCAAAGGUAUUAAAUUAUCACCUCAAACAAGGCAGCAAAGUAAACAGAUCUUCUGAUCAUAGCAAGGGAUAUGGAACAUUAGGGUUUUUCGUGCGUGACAGUAAUGGAAGUAUAUACUUUACGACAUGCGCACAUGUAAUUCCAAUGAAAAAAGAAGUCUUCACCGAUACUAUGGAAGCCGCUGUUGGAGAAAGUGUAUUUGCUACUGAUCUGUCGAAAGAUUCAAUCGCCAAAUGUCUUGACUUAUCACUCGUGAAGGUUUUUGAAGAAAAGAAAGAAAAUUGUCGAUAUGGAUUACGAGAUUCUACAGAUAAGCUUGUAACUGGAAUGGUUUCUCUUGCAAACGAGUCUGAAAUGAAAAAUAUGAAAGUUUAUAAAUGGGGCGCAAAAACUAAAUUAACAAAAGGAACUUAUAAAGGAUCUAUAUAUGUUAAGGAGGGUGAGGAGUUCAAAAGUCGUAUUCAUCUUUUAAAAGGUAAUCCAGAAGAAACAGAAUUUGCAGAAGAAGGAGAUAGCGGAUCAUUGAUUUGCUUCGAAGCGACAGAUUCACUUCAACUAUCAUGCGAAUCAGCAGCAUUUAUUUUUGUUGGCAAGUGCUCAAGCGACCAAGAAUAUUUUCCUGAGGAAUACAAAGGAGACAAGUUUUUCGAAGCAUAUGGCUAUCAUAUUAAUGAUGUUUUUACGUGUGAAAUUCCUAAUUUGAAUCCAAUAUUUACCCCCAGAAAUGAAGAGGGCUCUGUUCAACAGGGAGUUGGAAUUCAGUUUUAAUCUUCAGUUU